UUCGAGUUGGCUUUGGUUCUCAGUAUCGCGAUCCCGUUUCAGUCGCGCGGAAGCAGCCGACCGUUGCACGUGUUCACGGACCGAUUGACAGCCGCCAUCAUCUAUGGGUUACCAGUAUCCAUUUAUAUAUCUGGACACUUUGAAUUGACCUCGAGAAAAUGGAAAUGCAUAAAAAUCCCAAUGCAAAAAGAAAUUCUUUGCGUGGUGAUGUGAUGACACUAAAAGAACCUCACAGAAAUGGCAGUACAUAUGGUGCCUUUCAAUCAAAAGAUCCUAUUUUGGCAAUGGAAAAGGCUUCCGAAAUAGAAGGUAGAAGUGAACAUGGAAUUUCUGUUCAUCAUCCAACCUCGUAUUUAGAAACAAUGAUGCACCUAUUCAAAGGUAAUGUCGGUUCGGGAAUCUUUGCAUUAGGGGAUGCAUUCAAGCAUGCUGGAUUACUGCUAGCUCCUCCACUUACCAUGUUUCUCGGGGUUAUUUGUGUUCAUGCUCAACAUAUUCUUAUUAAAUGCAACGAAGAAGUGACGCGUCGUAUUAAUGAUCCAAAUGCUACGACUGGAUUUGCUGGUACGGUAGAAUUGUGCUUCGCUACUGGUCCUCUUUCACUUCGAAAAUACUCUGUGUUUAUGAGAAAAUUGGUUAAUAUAUUUUUAUGUAUCACACAACUUGGAUUUUGCUGUGUAUAUUUUGUUUUCAUUGCGAAGAAUAUGAAACUGGUGAUGGACGUAUACGGAAUUGAGAUGGAUGUUCACCAACACAUGGCUGUCAUCCUGAUUCCUAUAAUGCUGAGCACAUGGAUCAGAAAUCUAAAAUACCUAGUGCCUGUCUCUUCGAUGGCGAAUUUUCUGGUUAUAGCUGGCUAUGUCGCCACUAUGUACAUAAUGUGCAACGAUCUACCAUCGAUUCAUGAGAGGCGAUACAUCGCCGAUUGGCAUGAUUUGCCUUUGUUUUUUGGCACUGUGAUAUAUUCUUUCGAGGGUAUCACUUUGGUUUUACCUCUGAAAAAUGAAAUGAAGAAACCGAGCAAUUUCAGUAAACCACUCGGAGUUUUAAAUGUUGGAAUGGUGAUUGUCGGUGGAAUGUUCGUCGCGAUGGGUUUUAUAUCUUAUUUAAAAUAUGGUGAUGUAGUAGCUGGAUCCGUAACAUUAAACCUUGAAUCUAAGGAAGUGAUGGAUGGAAAAAUCAUCGUCAAGCAUUCAAGUUUACCUCAGUGUAUACAAGUUGCCAUUUCAUUGAGUAUCUUACUCACAUAUGCAUUGCAAUUCUACGUUCCCAUUGCGAUUAUAUGGCCGAAAAUUGUGAAUCGUUUUGGUCCCUUUAACUGGCCUGUUUUGUCAGAAACUAUUUUUCGUUCUACAAUGUGUUUAUUAACAUUUAUUCUAGCUGAAGCGAUACCUCAACUGGGUUUGUUCAUAUCACUAGUCGGCGCAGUUAGUAGUACUGCUCUAGCAUUGAUAUUCCCACCAAUCAUUGAAAUGGUUGUAUGCUGGCAAAAUGCAUCCUUGGGCAUCUGUACAAUAUUGAAAGAUAUCCUGAUAGUUUUGAUCGGUUUUCUUGGUUUCAUUACUGGGACGUAUGAGAGUAUAACUUCAAUCAUUAAAGCGUUUAGUACGUAAUAAUUAGAUUAGUUUGUUGUAUAAAUCGUUAUUAGUUUUUUAAAUGUACGUAUACAUAUGUAGAUACAUAUACAUUCUACAAUACUAAUAGAUCAUGACAUCUACAUUGAAAUUCUCUAGAUUAUUGUUAAUAAUAAUAUUAUUUAUUAGCGUAGUAAAUUUUUUUAAAUGAAUCAUAUAAAAAAAUCUAUACAUUAUAUUCAUUAUAUUUGGAAUCCUUUAUUUAAUAUAUUGUUUGCGUUCGGAUUUAGAAAAAAAUACUUGUUAUCUGUGAUUUGUUUUUGAAUCAAUGAUUCAAUUAGAAUUUUUAAAUUUUGUAAAUAGAAUAACAAAUCUCAAAAUCGUGAAAAAGUUGUAGUUAUCGAUUUCUAUGUUGAUUAUAUUAUUAUCUAUAUUAGAAUUGCAUCAAUAUCUAAUGCAACACAAUAUCUUUUAUAUGGAAUAAUAAUCUAUUUAUAAAGAUCUUUCUCGUAAAGGAAUAAAAGAUUGGAGAAAUUGGCUAUUACGAUCGAAUUGUGUAAUGAUAUAUAAUUAAUAUAAUGGCCAUAAAAUAUAGCCAUAUUGAAAUAAUAUAUUUCUGAAACUAAAAUAAUUUGAAAUCUUAUUAAAAAAUAAAUAUUAUUAUUAAAUAAUAGAAUAAAAAUUAAAAUAGUCCGAAAUUUUAUUAUUUCAUUAUAAAAUAUAUUUUAUUUAUUCUAUUAUUAUUCUAUGUCUAUUGUAAAUGAUAAAAUAUUUUGAAGUGAAUUUACUAAAUGAACUUAUAUUUGACAGAUUAUUAAACAAACAAAAUUUUAAAUUUCCUGAACAUUAAAAAUUUGCAUAUAAUUCUUUAAUUGAUGAAGUCAUGUGAAUAUAUUAUUUUUAUUAUUUUUUAAUAUAAUAUAAUAUAGAUAUAUUAUAUUAUCUAAUAAUAGAAAAAAUAUUUAAAAAUAUUCAUUUUUUACAAAAUUACAUUGAAAUGAUCAGAUAUUUCUAUGACAAAUUGCACAUUGUAUGAAAAAGACAAAAAAAACUUAGCAUAUUAUGAAUAUUGUUAUAAAUAGUGUUACUUGUUUAUGUCUUGAACGAGGAAAUCUAGAUUUAUAAUAAAUAAAAUAUGAUAUAUAGACUAUUCAAUGAAUUUUCUGUAAAAAAUAUGAAACAAAAAACUGACUGUUAUUUUGAUGAUAAUUAAUAUAGAAUGUAUCAUAUAUAAUUCACAAGAAUGAAUGAAAGAGAAAAGAGUUAUAAAUAAGAAAAAAAUAUCACUACAAUGUUAAAAAAAAAGCGUUGAUUGGUAAUCGUUAUAGAAUGUAUCACUAAUCAUACUUAAUCAUCAUGUAAUAUAAAAAAACAAUAGCAUGAAUUUUAUUUGAAAA